CUCUGUGAAGGUAAGAGGUGGCCUGGGGAGAGCGCCGAAACCGUUGAAGCCUGCCGACCCGGAUGGCGGCCCACAAGCUGUGCAGCCCUAACCCCGGAGAUUAAGAAAAUCACAAAGCACAUGUCAGUGAAUCAUCAAGAUCUAGAUACGGAAAGUACUAUGGAUGUGGAAGAUGUUAUAGAUACUGAAGAAGAACUUAUCAAAGAAUGUGAAGAAAUGUGGAAAGAUCUGGAAGAAUGUCAGAAUAAAUUAUCACUUAUUGGAACUGAGACGCUCACUGAUUCAACUGCUCAGCUCUCAUUGUUACUUAUGCAAGUGAAAUAUCUGAUGGCAGAACUCAGUCAAUGGCACAGAGAAAUGCCUGAAAUAAUUCCCCUGACUGAAGAUGUUCUGGUCACAUUAGGAAAAGAACGGUUCCAAAAAUUAGGACAUGAUCUUGAAAUGGUACUAUCUACUAUUCAGUCAAAGAAUGAGAAGUUAAAGGAAGACUUGGAAAGGGAGCAGCAGUGGUUGGAUGAGCAGCAACAGAUAAUGGAUUCUCUGAAUGUACUACACAGUGAAUUGAAAAAUCAGGUCGUGACUUUUUCUGAAUCCAGAAUCUUUAAUGAGCUGAAAACCAAAAUGCUUAAGGUAAAAGAAUAUAGGGAGAAACUCUUGAUUACCUUGGGUGAAUUUCUAGAAGAUCGUUUUCCUCUGCCUGACAGAAAUGAUGCUAAAAAGAAAAAGAAAAACAUUCAAGAAUCAACUGCACAGCUAAUAACACUGCAUGAGAUGUUAGAGAUUCUUAUAAAUAGAUUAUUUGAUGUUCCACAUGAUCCAUAUGUCAAAAUUAGUGAUUCCUUUUGGCCACCUUAUAUUGAACUGCUUCUACGUAAUGGAAUUGCCUUGAGACAUCCAGAAGAUCCAACUCGAAUAAGAUUAGAAGCCUUCCAUCAGUAAAAGGAUGAUCUUUUUUCUUUUAACACAGUAAAGAAUCAUGUCAUUCAAGGAUAAUGGAAACACAGGACGAUUUGGAUAAAGAACAGGAUUGCAAAUCAAAGAACAUAGUCCAUCUUCCUUUUAUCCUUACAUGACACAUAACCAUCUACUAUUCACUUUGAAAUGGUCCUUUCUUAUUUAGUCAGUGCUUUGGUGUUUUAAACUGUAUGAAGACUGCAAAUAAAAGGUAUUCUAGACUUACAAAGCAUUUAAUGUACCUUACUUCAUACAAUAUUCUUUGAAAAAACCUAAUUCAUGAUGUUGCUAGUGUAAUAUUUUUCUUUUUAAAUUUAUAGCGGUAUGUUUUAUGCAUUUUGCGUUCUAGUUGGUGGUUAAAUUCUUUGUAUUUUGGAAUUAUACUGUAAAGACUAUUUAAUUUGCAGAUGGCUUUAAAAUUGAAGUAAUAAUCUGAUGUAGGAGGAGGCAUAAUUUAAAAUAGUAAAUAUGUAUUGUCUUAUUUCUAAAUAUGUAAAAAAGUUGAGAUAUAAACAUAUUAAUGGAUAAAGCUAGCCUUAGAACUACAUUUUGCUGUGUGUUAUGUACCAAGUGACAUUCUGUAUUAAUUCAUUUUUAUUCUGCUAGUUAUUACCAACAAAAUUGUGUUCAUAACAUCUUAUUAAUCCUUUAUAAAUUGUAAGUAAAUAAAAUUCUCUGAAAA